AUGUCAACAAGUAUUCCUGUGAUCGUGAAGCUAUUAGCAUCAUCUGUUUCCGUGGCCGGUCGAGCAGGAAAAAUUGUAAGAGAUGUUAUGAGCAAAGGGGAACUUGGUAUUGUAGAAAAGGGUAAAGAUGAUUAUCAAACAGAAGCUGAUAGGUCAGCACAACGAUGUAUCAUAGCUUCUUUAUCAGCACAAUUCCCCAAAGUUCAUAUUAUAGGUGAAGAGGACAAUCCAGACACAGAGGGUGAGGUACCAAGUGAUUGGUUAGUAAUAGACGCAGACAAGGAAGUGUUAUCUCUUGAAUGCCCUUCUAAACUUCAAGGUGUAAAGGAAGAGGAUAUUGUAGUAUGGGUGGACCCGCUUGAUGGAACUUCAGAGUAUACCCAAGGUUCCCUCAUGUUGAAGAAAGAUCCUUGGGAAAGAUGGAAAAUGUAUUUGACUCAUCCAUUUAUAAGUAUCAAGUGGUAUUUAAGUUUACUACAAUCACACUAUGGUUUCCUGGAGCAUGUAACAGUUCUGAUUGGUAUAUCAGUAAAUGAAAAACCAGUGGCUGGUGUCAUACAUCAGCCAUAUUACAAAAGUUUAGUUGGUGGAGAAAAGAAAAUUGGAAGAACUAUCUGGGGUCUGCAAGAAGUUGGUGUUGGAGGGUUUACUGCAGCCCCGCCGCCAGACUCCUUAAUUCUCACUACUACAAGAAGUCAUUCAAACCCAGUUGUAGAGAAAGCAUUGCAAGUGAUGAAUGCAGCACAAAUACUAAGAGUUGGUGGUGCUGGUUACAAAGUUUUACAAUUACUAGAAGGAGCAGCAUCGGUUUAUGUCUUUGCUAGUCCCGGCUGUAAGAAAUGGGACACCUGUGCUCCUGAAGCGAUCCUCAGCGCAGCUGGUGGAAAGUUAACCGACAUCCUAGGAAAUUAUUACAAGUAUGGGGCCUCAGAAGGAAGACCAAACAAAACUGGUGUCCUAGCUGCCGCAAAUAGUGAACUCCAUGACUAUGCUCUUAGCAGAAUCCCUCAAGAAUUAAAAGAUAAAUUAGCUAAUAAG